AUGUCUUCCGUGGAGAGCAAAGUCUAUCGCCUGCGGGGUAUUCCUGAGCACCUGGAUCGACUUGGAGUAGCCCUUCUUCUCAGCAGAUUUAUCGCCAACGGUGAUCAGGGAGACGUCAGUGUAGCCUCUCUGGCUCUCGGCUGUGAAAGAUGGGUCAGUAAACGUACCAAGACCGCGACUCUAUCCUUUAAGAGGCUUCCGGACGCUGUCAGCAGGGAUCCGGACGCAGGUGAAUGGCCACUGCGGGAUCCUACUUGGGCUGCACCACUUCUCCUAGAUGAUACCUUUAUCGGAUUAUCGCCUCUCAAUGACGUCCCGGAACACGAACAUCACUAUGACUGCAUCGUGAUGUCCGGCCUUGCGAGUCACCCCAUGGGCUCAUGGCAGCCACAUGGCAAGGACAAGUCGUUUAUGUGGAUUCGAGACGCCCUCCCCCAACUUAUUCCAAAAGUUAGGUUUAUUUUGUAUGGAUACGAUACGAAGUUAGCUGGAAGCAAGUCGUUUCAAAAAGUGCUUGAUAUUGCACUGAGCCUCAUCCAAACUCUUCAUCAAGGAGGAUGGGCCGAUCCUGGUCCCAGAAAGCUCAUUUUCUUCGCCCAUAGCCUUGGAGGCAUAGUUUUGAAGGAGGCUUUCCGAAUGUUGGCCGAUAGCGAUGUAAGGGACGAAUUAAUCCUGAAUCGUACUCGAGGAGCGAUCUUCUUUGGAGUUCCAAGUCAAGGAUUAGAUGUCUCGGAUCUACAGAUCAUGCUGCAGGGUCAGCCAAACAAAGAUGCUCUCGUUAAAGAAAUAUCGAAUGAAUCGCCCUUCGUCAGGGUAUUGGAGGAGCAAUUCUCGGGCAUCUCUCAUCUUCAAAAGAUGAAACUGCUCUGGGCGUACGAGACAGAUAUAACGCCAACAGUAAUACCAGUCGAUGGAAAGUACAAGAGAUGUGGACCUGGAACUGUUUUCGUCUCUCCGCUCUCUGCAACAAGUCAACGCUGCAUCUCCGAACCGGGUUCGACCAUACAAAUCAACGCUAACCACUCGGAUAUGGUCAAGUUAUCCCUAGGAAGCGAGGUUAUUCAUCGUAUUGCCUCCUUCAAUAUUGACAGCCAACUAACCCAGACCUUUGUGAAUCAUGUCGAUCCUGCUGUGGACCCGGAUUUCUGGGACAUCCGCUCUAUCACGCAGGCAAUUCACGUCCCGGAAGCCGACAGCCGACUGGCGCAGAUUGACGUAGCAGCUGGUCACUCCUUCGUAUGGGCUUUUGAGAAAUCAUCUGUUGGCUUAACCAACUGGCUGCAGAAUGAUGAAAAACUGUUCUGGAUAUCGGGGAAGCCAGCGUCUGGCAAAUCAACAUUCAUGAAGUACCUUCACAACAACCCGCUCACAGCGGAUUACCUGCGUAUAUGGCGCCGCAGUGCUAAUUUUGUCCACGCAUCAUUCUUCUUCCACCAUCGCGGUACAGCGAUCCAAAAGUCUCUUGAAGGUCUCCACCGCGGAAUCUUGAGCCAGGUUCUCAAACAAGCCCCUCAGUCAUUCCUGGCUAUCCGAUCGCAUCUUACACAAACAUACCAAGCUGCUGUUCAUGCAAACAAUCUUGGAAGCCUUUCUCAUGACCUGGAAGCUUUGGUUGCAUUCUUCAAAGUUACUCCAAAUAAUGAGACCUUGACGCAGCUUCAUAAGGUGUUAAGUUGUGAGACCCCUCUGAAGGCCUUUCGUAGGAUGGUUGUCCAACCCCUGCUAUCCAUCGGUGCCACAGACAGCGAUGAAGACCUUCUGAACCAGGUCUAUCCCCUUCGAGAUACUCUGUUGGCAGUGCGCAAUGAGAACAUGACCGACAAGCCCAGUCGUCUUCCUGCCUUGGAAGAUAUUCUCUCUACAAUCCAAAAACCGUGGACAAGGAACCAAGAGUUCAUCCUUUUGGUCAAAAAAUGGCUUGUGGCUAUCGACAUAAAAUUGCAGUUAUCAAACUUCAGAAACCAUUUGAUGGCCCGAAGUCUCGUUACUAAUCAACAGCUGAUUGACUUGGAUCUUUGCAUGUUUAUCGAUGCUUUAGACGAACAUGACGGCCCGCCAGAAUUCAUCUGCCAACUCAUUAAAAAAAUUGCUUCAAAUGAAAGUACCUGUAGCCGUACUAGACUGAAGAUUCUUUUCUCAAGCCGACCUUGGCAGCCGUUUAUUGACGCUUUCGGACACAGUCCCAGCAUUCAAAUUCAUGACUAUACUAAAAAUGACACUCGAGAGCUUUGUUUACAUACAAUACAUCCCGAAAUUCCAGGUUAUGAAGAGAUAUUACAGUUGGUCGAAGAGAUUGUCAACCAGGCGAGAGGCGUCUUCCUAUGGGUUAAACUUGUGCUAAACGAUCUCUUGGACAACGCUGCUAGAUUGACCACUUCCGGCAUCGCUUUUGAGGAUCUUCAUGCAGCGCUCGUGGAUAUCCUUAAGUCGCUGCCCACAGACCUAGAGCAGUACUACAAGACUAUUAUUGAAAGGAUACCACAUUCAUACCGCUGGGAGGCCUUUUGCUUGCUUGAGGUAGUCAGCAAGUCAGCAAAGCCAAUUCAUCUCAAGGAGAUGUUCAAAAUCUUGUUAUGCACCAAUAUUCAAGAUGUCAAUGAUAUAUACCCGCGAAUGUUAGAGAUGGACCAGAGUGGCGCGAGCGUCUAUACUAAAGAGCACUUGAGAACGCACUCGGGUGGCUUGGUCGAAACUACUGAUAUUGACGAGCUUCAGCUGCUGCAUCAAACUCUGGCUGAGUUUAUACAAUUUCCCGAAUUCAAAUGCAUUAUACUUGGAGAACGAUAUCGCAUUGUAAAGGAAAAUGGUUAUACAAUUCUUUCAAAAUAUGAAGCUGUACGGGGGGCAUCCUGCUCUGAUGACGGCAUCAACAUACCAGUGUCUGAGAUGUUCUCAUAUUAUGCACGGGAAGCAGAGUCAACAACAGGGAACAGCACAUAUUUCUCCUUCACAGGCGUCAAAUGGACAGGAACGCUGGUAAACAAGGCUUUUCCAGAGUAUAUGACGAACGUGCGCUACACGACACUGGAAAUGGCGCUGGCCUGCGAGCUCAAGUUGCAUCUACAAGACACCCUGAAGCAUGAUAAGGAGACGAGAACAGCGCUGAUAUUUCUCAUUCUCUUGCAUAUGAUUGAGCGGGGGAUAUUCGAUACAGACAGCGCAAUGGAAUUUCUUCAAGAUAUGGUAUCUCAAGGGCUGCAAAUCCGCGCAAGUCACUUUGGAUUACUCAUGUUGAUGGAUCGGAUACAACAUAUUGAUCUAUGGACCACCCCGACCACUCCGACCAUUAUGGCUAUAGACCUCUUCCAGAGGGUCAUGGCUGUCUUCUUUGAGCCAGGGGCCAAUAUUGAAGUCAGCAUGAAUACUACCGGUUUGGGUAUUACCAGCAAUCAUUUUCACCAAGCGAUGCUGUCCCACGGGCAAGGGGCUACUAUCCAGGCGCUUCACAUAUCUACUCACCUUCGACUUGCAGAGUAUCUCUUGGACAAAGGCGCCGACCCUAAUGGACUUACUUCGAAUAAUCUGACGCCGCUUGACUGCUGGGUGAAGAGCACCCAAAGGUUCGACGUCCGCCGCCACCUUUACCCAGGCACUUCCGUCUUGAUUCAACGCGGAGGGCGUCUCAACAUUUGCACUAGAGAGGAGUGGAGAAGGGCAUUGUAUCACAGGUACUUCCCUUCCCGACAUACCAUUUCCAGGCUGGCUUGA